AUGGAACAACGAUGCAAAAUCGGUGGUGGAAGCCUGAGAAAUCGAAAUGCUGUAAAUGAAGAUAGAAUCAGCGAAUUACCUGAAGAUUUGCUUUUGCAUAUAUUAUCUUCACUAUCAACAGAAAUUGUCAUAGCCACGAGUGUUUUGUCUAAACGGUGGAGAUCUCUUUGGAAGAUGGUGCCAAAGCUAGAAUUUAAUUUUGAAGAUCACAAAAGUGAGCACCAUACAGUUUCAGAGAUUGUUUGCAGAUCUUUGCUUUCACAUAAAGCUCCGGUUCUAGAGAGUCUUAGUUUGGUAGUUAGAGAUGAAACUGAAGCUUUGGAUAUUGGAAUAUGGGUUGGGAUUGCAUUUUCACGCCAUGUGCGUAAAUUGGUACUGGAUCUUUGGAACGAGGGAGGAGAUUUAGUCAAAUUUCCGAGUGUUUUGUGUAGCUGUAGCAAUACACUUGAGGUCUUGAUACUCGAGGAUAUAAUUCUAGACCUUCCUUCUCGGGUUUGUUUCAAAUCCCUUAGAGAGCUGCACCUUUACCGUGUGGACUUCAAAGACGAAGAAUCUGUUUCCAACCUUUUAUGUGGCUGCUCUAGUCUUCAGGAUCUGUUCGUGGAACGACAUAGCAAUGUGGAUGCGGAGACUUACACUGUUGCAGUGCCAUCAUUACAGAGACUAAGCAUAGAAGAUGAUUACCGAGGAGACGGGGAUGGAGGCUAUGUGAUAAAUGCUCCGUCUUUGAAAUACUUGAAGCUCAAAGGUUUUGAAGGUAUUGAGUUCUGUCUGAUUGAGAAUGCGCCAGAGCUGGUGGAGGCUAUCAUUGACGUUUCUGAUAUAACCAAUGAGAACAUUUUGGUAUCUCUAAUUUCAGCCAAACGCCUUUCCUUAAGCAUAUCACCCUUAGAGAUUAAGUAUCCUACGAGUGGUAUUAUCUUCAAUCAGCUUUUAUCUUUGGAGCUGAGUACAAGUCAAAGAGAGUGGUGGAAUCUACUUUCGCUCAUGCUCAAUGAUUCUCCUCGAUUACAAACCCUCAAGCUCAUCCACCAUUCAAGGCGGUUCUACAUUGAGAAAGAUUGUUUGGUGGACUGGAAAUGGAAUCAGCCGAACUGUGUACCGGAAUGUUUGUUGUUCCAUCUUGAGACAUUCGUGUGGACAAGAUACAAAUGGCAACGAGAUGAUGCGAAAGAAGUGGCCACAUACAUCCUAAAGAACGCAAGACGCUUGAAGAAAGCAACAAUCUCUACAAAACCCAUUAAUUCUAAAAAGGUCAAGAAGUUGGAAAAGAGACGUGAGAUGCUCAACGAGUUGGCCAGUGAGGUCAAAGCUUCAAUUUCAUGUCAACUCGUGUUCGAAGCUGAUACGUAUUCUUAUAAAUCAGGACACUCUGGUCCUGGUAGAGUGGCAGUACCACAUAAGUUUUCUUUUACAUUGGGCACGACAGAGAAAGAGUAAUAGAAUUUCAC